GCGCAGCUCGUCCGCACCUGCGACGCGCGCUCACGUGCCUGUGUUGGAGGACGCAGCGGCUAAAGCUACACGACAGCUAAAACCACAGCUACGCUAGCAGCGGGCGAGCAGGCCCGCGUCUCCUCGGUAUACAUCGUCGUUCAUUUUGUUCCGACGGACCUCCGGCCGGCUGGGAUUAGAAAACGUGCCGGAGCAUAUGUGUGUGAAGGGGGAAAGAAUAGCGCAAGAUGGUUCGGGAAACCAGACACCUUUGGGUGGGGAAUUUACCCGAACACGUCCGAGAGGAGAAAAUCGUGGAGCAUUUUAAACGGUAUGGACGUGUGGAGAGCGUUAAGGUCCUGCGGAAACGGGGCUCCGAGGGCGGCGUGGCGGCCUUUGUGGAUUUUGUGGAUAUCAAAAGCGCUCAGAAGGCUCACAAUGCUGUCAACAAGAUGGGAGACAGGGACCUUCGAACUGACUACAACGAACCCGGGUCAGUCCCAAGUGCCGUUCGGGGCCUUGACGACAGCUCCCCCUCGAGCAGUCGAGACGUUACGGGAUUCUCUAGGGGCACGGUUGGACCUGUGUUUGGCCCACCUGUGUCCCUGCACACCAGAGAGGGACGUUAUGAACGGAGAAUAGAUGGUAGCUCAGAAAGCCGCGAGCGUGCAUAUGACCACAGCCCAUACGGACACCACGAGCGCAGUGGCACUUUCGACCGGCAGCGCCACUACAACGCAGACUAUUACAGGGAGCGUUCUUUGUUUGCCGCCGCUGGUCCGGGGAGCAGUGCCAUCGGGGGGAGCUUUGAGGCGUCAGACCCUCAUUUUGACUCUAGAAUUCGAGACCCCUUCUCUCUUGCGAGUGCCACGCGACGCGACCUCUACAGAGAUGACCGAGGGCGACGUGUUGACAGGACGUACCACCAUCGCCGUAGCCGAUCGUCCCAUUCCUCGCAGUCUCGGCACCCUUCUCCCCAACGGACAGGACAGACCUCUAAAAGUGCUCAUUCCCCCAAGAGAGCUCCUCUGUCCCCUGGCAGAGGCCCACGGUCUCAAUCCCGCAGCAGAUCAUCAAGCUCGGAUUCGGUGAGCAGUGCCAGCAGUACAGGCAGCGGCAGCGACUCCAACAGCAGUUCGAGUGAUGGUUCUCGAGCACGUUCCGUUCAGUCUUCAGCUGCCCAUGCACCACCUCAGUCAUCAAUGGUGCUCGAUUCAGACGAGCCACGCAGAAGCUUUGGGAUUAAAGUGCAGAAUCUACCAGUGCGAUCGACAGACACGAGCUUAAAAGAUGGACUCUUCCAUGAGUUCAAGAAACACGGUAAAGUGACUUCAGUGCAGAUCCACGGCGCGUCAGAGGACCGCUACGGUUUGGUGUUCUUCAGACAACAAGAGGAUCAAGAGAAAGCCCUUACCGUCUCCAAGGGAAAACUGUUCUUUGGCAUGAUGAUUGAAGUCACAGCGUGGAAUGGUCCUGAAACGGAGAGUGAAAAUGAGUUCCGGCCCUUGGACGGCAGGAUAGAUGAAUUCCACCCAAAAGCCACCAGGACGUUGUUUAUUGGCAAUCUGGAGAAGACGACCAGUUAUCAGCAACUUCUUGAUAUUUUCCAGCGCUUCGGUGAAAUUGUGGAUAUUGACAUCAAGAAAGUCAAUGGAGUUCCACAGUAUGCGUUUGUGCAGUAUUCUGAUAUUGCCAGUGUGUGUAAAGCCAUUAAGAAGAUGGACGGCGAGUAUCUUGGCAGUAACAGACUAAAGCUUGGUUUUGGGAAAAGUAUGCCCACAACGUGUGUUUGGCUUGAUGGGUUGGCGACCAAUAUCACAGAACAAUAUCUCACACGCCAUUUCUGUCGCUACGGACAUGUUGUUAAGGUUUUAUUAGACCGUAUGAAAGGGAUGGCACUCAUCUUCUACAACAACACAGAUUUUGCUCAGACGGCUGUGAGAGAGACCAAAGGCUGGAAGAUUGGAGGGAGCAAAAUUAAGGUGGAUUUUGCAAGUCAAGAGAGUCAAGUGGCGUUUUACAGAUCUAUGCAGGCAUCCGGUCAAGACAUCAGAGACUUUUAUGAAAUUCCCCCCGAACGACGGGACGAUCGCAGGCCCCCCUACCAUGAAUUUACAGCAGAGAGGGCUUACUACGAGAAUUUACGCACAUCAGGCCUUUACACCGAGGAUGCCCGGAGAGAGUAUGCCGCCCGGAGCCGGGACCGUUUCCCUGAAUUGGAACAUUUCCAGGGGGAUCAUUUUGACCCACGUUACCACGAAGACCCACGGGAUUACAGGGACUACAGAGAUCCUUUUGAGCAAGACAUUCGAAAGUAUACAUAUAUUCAAAGAGAGCGGGAGCGUUUUGAAGCGGACCGUAACAGAUGGAGCCCGUCUCAUCCACGGCGGCCUAUUACCCCAACGGUGUCACCGUCACCGUCUGAAAGGGCCCCCAGAGAAUCAGAGCGGCGGGUUUAUAGCCAGUCAUCCGAGAGAAGCGGCAGCGUGAGCUCGCUGUCGCCGCCACACUUCGACAAGUCCGAAAAGACGAGCCUGCUGGAACUUCCCUCAAAGAGUGACAAGAGUGAAAAGAGCAGUCAACUGGAAAGAGCCGUGGGCUCCGAGAAAACCAAGCGGACAAAGCGAAAAGAGAAAGGCGAGAAAGACAAAGCGGAGAGAAUCAAAUCAAGGAAAGCAAAGGGGCAAUCUCCGUCCAAUCCACCACCUGACACGGAUCUCGAUACCGCUCCUGAAGGAGCGACUGCAAGAGGAAAGGGAUCAGAACAGGAUGCCCACGAGAGGCAGAAAUACAAGGUGGAGAACGAGUCUCAAUUCUCAGCUGCUCACCACGACUCACUGAAAGGUGAAAGAUCAGAAACUGGUAAAGUUGAUAAUCCAGAUAUGGAUGGAAAAAGUCGAGUCAAGAAACCUAUCAAGUCCGAGACCGGAAGUGAGGGGAAAGAGGCGGCGGAUUCAGAUCGCCUUGCUGCGAGAAAAAGACGCUUUGCCGAUUCCAGUGGAAGGACAAUUAAUCAAAAACGGAGCAGGCUUGAAGAAGAUGAUUGUAAUCAAUCCCUAGACCUUAGUGCUGCUGCAGCAUAUGAUAAGGAAACAGAGUCUGAUAAACACAAAGAUGCCCAACGCAGAGAUACAAGAUUCAAAACGGACAAAAGUGGAACUCCAAAGGAUGCUCAAGAGGACAUUAGAGGACCAAAAGAGAAAUCGGAGGCAUCGCUGGACUCUUCAGUGUCCAAACGCUUUCCGGGGCACACUUCAUUCCGAAGGAUUUCACUCGAGGGGAAUGCCGACCAAGGCGCAACGAGAGAACACGAACACGGCGCAGUUUUCAAACUCAGCGGUCCGUCUGCUGAAAACGCCAAAAGCGCCAAACAUAAGGAAGAUCACGUCGACAUUGACCUGUCUCAGAGUUACCGCAAACAAAUGGAGCAAAACAGGCGCUUGCACCAGCAGCAGCAUCGAGAGUCGGACAAAGCAGGCAAACGUGAAAAACCAGGCAGUCCGCAAGAAAGUGAAAGCGAGGAUUUGGAGCACCGUAGUCUUGUGCACGAGGUUGGCAAACCACCCGAGGACGUCACAGAUAAUUUCCCAUCUCACAAACUUAAGAAACUGGACCCAUUUGACGCCGAUUCGGGAAUCAAGAGGGAGCGCGUCUACAGGAGCUUUCGACAGAAAAGCGAAGAUCCCGAAUGGAACAACACUUCCUCUCCGGGACACCAGUUUUCUCACCACACAGACGAGGGGUUGGAUCAUUCUCAGAAAGAGCCACCCAGAAAUGAAAAACAUAACCCGGGUUUGGAGCUCCUUGUCAAAAGGACGCAUAACACACACGCAGACAAAUCCAACACUAUUUUACUUAGCGCAGAAGAGGAGCAGCAAAAGAGAUGGGAGAACAGAGUGAAGCAGGAUUUGCUACCCGACCUAAACUUCUCCAGAAGUAAAAAUGUCCACAACAGCAAACGUUUGGAAUACGGCCUUUGGCACGAUAUCGAGCCAGGGGAAGUAAGAUCAGACUCUGAAGAGGAUCGGGAAGCAAAACCCCGUUCUCCGAUGGCAUCAACUUCAAAUUCUUUUUCCGAGAGACCAAGGGGUGAGAGAUUUUCAGACCCUAAAACGGCACACCUGGAAAGAAAUAAAUUCUACUCCUUUGCGCUUGACCAUACCAUCACGCCCGAUACCAAGGCUCUGCUCGAGCGUGCAAAAUCCCUGUCAUCUUCCAGAGAAGACAACUGGUCUUUCUUGGACUACGACUCUGACUUUGCAAGUUUCCGCAACAGGAAAGAUACCGAGAAGAUCGAAUCGACUCCACGGCCUACACCGUCCUGGUACAUGAAAAAGAAAAAGAUCCGAAGUGGGUCUGAAGACAAACUUGAUGAUCGGAAAGAGGAGCCAAAACCAGAGGAACAAGAACGACGGGAGCUAUUCGCCUCCCGCUUCCUUCACAGCCCGGUUUUUGAGCUGGACUCCAGACGUCUUCAGCAUCUGGAACGCAAAUACGAAGAAUCUGAGGCUGUUCAUAACCAACAAAACAGUCAGCAGGUAACUGGAGACGGCGAAGUCGACUCGGGCCCUGUGGUCCUCUUCCACAGUCGUUUUUUGGAGUUUACAAGACUACAGCAACAGAAGAAUAAAGCCCCGGUGCCAGAAACAAAAGAUCUGCCAACAGAUGAAAUGAAUGUGGAAAAGCCUCCUGAAGAAGAGCCUCCCGAAGAACCACAAGCGCCGCCAUCACCUGACACUAAGGAAUCUAUUGCAGAGCCAGAAAUUAAGCCCAUCAGCCCGGCUGAACAGUUACUGCCUGAACCACACGCAACGCCACCCAACUCCCAUACAGCGCCGAAAGACGUUGCUCCCGCAGAACAGACAUGUCAAUCACCCGUUGAUCCGCCUCCUGCUGCUGCUGCUGCACAUUUCAUUAAACAAGAAAAGGAAAUUAAACUUGAACCUGUGGAUUAUGCGCCAACAGAGACCCCUCAGAGUCCUCAACUGGAAGCUCCACCUGUCAAACAAGAAUCCAGUCAUGUAAAGGAUAUCUGUGAACUUUCUCCGUGUGAAAUUCAACUGGACGAGGUUACAGAAGAUGCAAAACCUGAAGCAGAAGCACAUGGCAAUCCUCAAGAGCUUGUCAGUAGUUCAGAGUCGGACGUUAAACUCGAGGCAGUACAGCCACAAGUGUCUCAAGCCGCAAGUCCGAUACUACCAAGUUCUGAAGAGGACUUGGUCAACAAGAAAGAGCCCGAAGAAGAAACCACACUCAAAGUCAGUCAGGUACCCGUUGAAGAAUCAAACAGCGAGUCAAACCCAUCUGCUCAAAAGGAGUAUAAAUCCAAAGAAAUGAAAAAUAAAAAGUGCAAACAAACCGUAGCUGAAGCCCCAUCGCCCGUGGUAGUUUGUGCAUCUGUGCCCGAAAAACAAGCGACGCGAAAGAGCGAGCGCAUUGACAAAGAGAAACUGAAACGUGGAUCUUCUCCGAGAGCAGAAUCCAAGUCUACAAGCAAAUCUCCUGUACAUGGCUCAGACGCUGACGUUUCAGAGCAGAGCAUAUCAUCGGGCAGAGCAAGACGUCGGAAUGUGAGGUCCGUGUAUGCGACCCCCGUUGAAGAUGAUGUCCCCUCUCGUGCUGUAAAGGAUGUUCAGGAGUCCCCACGCGGGGCACGGAAACGCGCCACAGAACUAACACAACAGAAUAUUGAACAAGAUUCACCUGCUCCGGUUCCAACAACCAAAAGGGGCCGACCUCCUAAGAAUCGUAAACAAGGUGAGGAUUCUUCAACAGUUAAAACGGACAAAAUAAAAAUGGAAACCAAAGACGUGGAAUCAAAUGAAUCGGAGAGUUGUGACAAGAUCCCGAAAAUGUUCAAGGGGAAAUCCUCUCCCGGUGCCACAAAAGGUUCAUCAAGUCAGCUGUCCGCUCAAGCGUGUGGUCCAACAAGGAAAGGAGACAAAUCAAUGUUGAGCGAUAUCAACAUUGAUCAAGAGAUGGAUGGCACAGAUGACCAUGCUUUGGAUUUGCUGGACUCGUGUACGUCCAAAGAGGAGCCAUCGCCUAAAGUGGACCAAAAGAAAGACGAGAAAGAUAAACAUAAGAGAGAAAUUAUCAAAAAUAAAGAAGUCAAUGAAAAGACAUGUGACGGUAAAGCCAAUGGAAAGGAGGAAGACUCCCCUAUCUUAGAAGAUAAAAGCACCUCAGAAAAGAUGAGUAAAGGAAAAGGCAAGCUACCCAGAACCCCUAAGUCUCCAGUUCUCAAAAACCUUAAAAUCAGACUGAACGUCAAAGAAGUGAAAGAUCACGUUUCAAAGUGCUCCAGCAGAGGCGGGAACAUUGAUGAAAAUGACGCUUCUGCGGAAAAAAAGGAACAUCUGGAAACAUCCAAAAGCUUGAGUUCCCAUGAAAUGGAAUUGGAGCAGGCCGUGGAGAACAUUGCCAAGCUCACAGAUCCGGCUUUUCCGACGGAACCUCAAACGCCAACCGGCUCGCUCGCAGACUUAAAAGGCUACUCGGAGGAAGAAAAACCUACGCCGGCCAGCGAGACGGAACUGAUUGCUGCCAUUGACUCCAUCACUGCCGAGGAUGCGGCUGUCUCCUUAACCCAAGCAACAUCUGUCGGCAUUGAUGUAGGCUCAGAACCAGACAUGCAAGACUCUACUCAGCCAGCCAAGGAAGAGGAGUCUGAAAUGAGUACUGUUGCUGUCCAAGAGGAGCCUCUUUUACCUGCCACACCCAAAAAAGGCACAAAGGGAAGACCUAAAACAUCCAAACGCCCUAAAGGCCAAAAGCUUGUCCGGAAAGAUUCAAAAGAUCACCCAAUAAACGAAGAGACUCAAACUGUUGUAACUCAUAGCACAGUAUCUGGUGUGAAGAUAGUCCCAGAAAUUAUUCCAUCUUCAGCCGCUGCCGCCGUUAUUACUCCAACUGCAUGGAAGCCAGAACCAGAGCCUUCACCGUUCAAGUCUUCAGAGGCCAAAACUGAGACCGAGGCCGCUGAAGAAAAGAAUCCACAUCUCAAAUCUGCCUACCCCGUGUCCAGCAGUCCGGCAUGCGCAAAGCCUCAACAGAUGCCGCCCGACUGCAAAUCCCCUUCUUCGCUGUCGCCGUUAGCAAACAGACCAAAUAUCAGACCCGUUCAAAACAGCAGAGCACCGGUUUCUCCGCCAGAUUGGUUCCACCAGUCUGUCGACACGGGGGUCCCUUCUUUACAAGCCUUGCCUUCAGCGCCUAAGGAAAGCCAACCUUCGCCUGACUCUGAAAACAUGGAUAUUGAUCGUGGUACCAGCGAUCUUAGGCAAAUAUUGUUGAAACACAAAAACAUUACUCUUCCGGGGAGUAGUUACGGUCCCACGAAUCUGCCCUCGGUCCAAGAUCAGAACCUGCCCGAACGCAAUACUCCAGUCGCGGCUAUGCCUAGUAAGUCACCACUACCCGAUGGCAGAAUGUUGACUCAGUCUGUAAGACCACCAGCCCCCAUGCCGUCGCCCGAGACAAAGUCCGUCAUCUCAGUCAUUGCUUCCACCGCGACCUCUGUCAUAAGUCGCGUAUGCAACCCUCCUGAUCAUGAAGACAAAGUCAACCUAAAUAUCGGGAACCAGACUGCAGACAUGGGCCUACCUAAACCCAACUAUAGACCCAGCAAAGACGAUAUUGGCUCGUACCAUGGCCCGAUUAUCGGCGAUGAAGGAGGAAGUAUCACGCGCUUUAUUGUCGAGACUUCCGCUCAUGGUACAGGGUCUUGCCCGGGCCUUCGUGUUAAUACGUCUGAAGGAGUCGUGGUACUGAGCCACUCGGGACAAAAAACCGAGGGACCGCAAAGGAUAAGUGCAAAAAUAAGUCAAAUUCCACAAGCGACGCCAGGUGACAUGGAAUCUCAGCAACUGGUGUCAAUGCCCCAAAUCAAACAGGAAAUGUAUAGUCAUGCUCAGAAGGGGUCUCUGCAGGCGGAUCAUGGGUAUCCUGGUAAGACGCAGUCCGCUAUUAAACAAGAGGCCGCUAGUUUGGAGAAACUGGAGCCUUCCUAUCACUCCGGACCCCAAGGGGUAGUGAAGCGUCUAACACAAGGGGUCAGUAAUCAAGUCAUCAGCCCAAUGUACCAUCAGGAUUUCCUGUCGUCAAAACAUCCAAAGAAGAUGGACUGCGGGGAUCCACACGGUGCAGAUGGCGCUAAGGCAUCGUGGGCCUCGGCUAUAAGUCCUGCAAUAAGCCCCCAUUUGCCGUCCCCGCCUGGAAACCAUGUGGGCUUUGUGACCACGGCCGGAGACAGACCCCCUUCGCAUCUCGGCGGCAUCAAACAGGAACCGCGAUCCCCACGCAAGUCGGGUCAUCCCCACUCCCCGUUUACCAAGGUGCCCUCUCCCAUUGGCUCGUCAUCACCGAAAAGCAUUCCAGUAAUGCUGCCCACCGGCCACCCCGCCAUGCAGCAGUUUAUGACGGGCGUGCAUCACCCGGAGCAGUCCGUCAUCAUGCCACCUCACAGCGUGCCCGGCGGCCUCGGCCGCAUGUCUCCUCACCGGGCCACGCAGUCGAUUCCAGUGGGGCAUCUUGUCCAGGCAGACGUUCGCGUCAAUACUCCGCCUCUCUCUGUGGUGAGCUACGGUAUGCACAAUGACCCUAUUACGUCUCCGUGGUCCGGUUCCAUGCAGCAACGGCCGCCGUCGCCGCAGACUGUCGGCAGAGAGAAAGUUCUCAAGGUCAACCCAGGUUCUCUGCGGCCUCACGAAGUUGACCCGGAAGAAUCAAGACGCUUCCACCAGCAGGGGCGGCAGGCGACCACACAGCUAAAACCAGAGACCAUGCAAUCGGAUGCUCGAGGAGGUUUUCGGAGCAACGUGUCAAUGGAAGCGUAUAUCGCACAGAGGGAGAUGCGCGCACUCUUGCACCAGCAGGGGGAGCGCUCGUCCGCAGACCCUCAUUCAGCGCACCUUCAGGAGAGUCACCCCCCCACCUCGGCACCUUCCAGCUUACCCAUGUCGCUGUCUCCAAGGGCACACGUUCUACCUAAAGGCGUGUCUGACAAAGAUCUAGCGAAGCCUCUGGAAGCGAAAAGGCCCCACUCGCCUCUUUCAAAGGACGGAUUAAUGGCCAUACGCCACCCCGCGCCUGCAAUGGCAUCGCCCCAGAGAGUUCCACUCCUGGCACCGGGACCAAGUGGCGCCUUCCCGGAUUACGCUGGGAUGUACUCGAACCCUAGAAGCAUCCAUUCUCAGAUGCCUGACGCCACGCACGUCGGACACGGUCAACCCCCGCUGAAUGUCACUCCAACCAUGGGCGCCGACCUCCAGGCUAAACCGGAUGGGAAAAUGGCGCAGCCUGUUAACAUGGUGCAGUUGCUCACGAAAUACCCCAUCGUGUGGCAAGGUCUCCUCGCGCUGAAGAACGACACGGCGGCGGUCCAGUUGCACUUUGUUUGCGGCAACAAAGCUUUGGCUCAUCGGUCCCUGCCCCACCAGGAAGGCGGUGCCUUGCUCAGAAUAGUCCAGCGAAUGAGGCUGGAGGCCUCGCAACUGGAGAGCGUCGCCAGAAGAAUGACGGGGGAGUGCGACUUCUGCCUUCUGCUGGCGCUGCCCUGUGGACGGGAUCAAGAUGACGUUCUGAACCAGACUCAAGCUCUUAAAGCCGCCUUCAUCAACUACCUGCAGGCCAAGUUGGCCGCUGGGAUCAUUAACAUCCCCAAUCCAGGUUCCAAUCAGCCGGCGUACGUGCUCCAAAUCUUCCCCCCAUGUGAAUUUUCCGAGAGCCACUUAUCUCAGCUGGCCCCCGACCUUCUCAACAGGAUCUCCAGUAUAUCUCCUCACCUCAUGAUCGUCAUCACGUCUGUGUAAUCUUCACUGUGGAGGAGGAGGGACUCUCUCUUGGAUGGAUGUUCUCACCCAUGAGCCUCAGGAAACCAGAGGAAUAUAUCACUUCCCCUCCUUCUUUUCCUCCCUUUUUUUGUCAUUUCUAUCUGGUGUUUUUUUUGUCCUUCUCAAAAGAACUCUGGGAUGGACCAAACCAGAAUCAAUCUUUUUUUUUUUUUUGGACCAUUUCUGCUGUUUCUAUUUAUUGGAGUUUUCUCUCAAGAUAAAAAAAAAAACAUCAGGAUUCUUGAUGAGGAAGAACGAGUCGACUGCCCGAAUGGUCUUUUAUUUUUAUUUUUUGUUUCCACGAGGAGGAUGGAAAGAAAAGACAAUUUCAUCAUGUAAUUUUAAAAAAAUGUACAGACCGAGGAGGAAUAAACAAAGACCCUGCACA